CAAUCGUAUGAUGAUAACAAAACAGCGAUAAUCAGACACGAAUGUCCUGGAUCCACCUGCGUUGUUUGUUCCCCUAGAUUUCUUCGUUUUUUCUCGAGAAAAUCUCUAAUGGGUUUGCUUGAAUCCGCCGCUUCCAUUAACUGGGAGUACGAAUCCUUCCCAGAGUAUGAAGAUUUCGUUGCUCUUCCCGUCUUUGCUCUUUUCUUCUUCUCUGUUCGCUUCUUUCUCGAUAGAUUUGUCUUCCAGAAAUUGGGAAGAAUACUGAUUUUUGGAAAGGGUGGUCAGCAGCUAGAUGUUGGGGUAGAUGAGAAGAGAAAGAAAUUACGAAAGUUCAAGGAAUCAGCAUGGAAGUGUGUUUAUUAUCUUUCAGCAGAGCUUCUAGCUCUAUCUGUAACUUAUGAUGAGCCUUGGUUUACUAACACAAAAUAUUUUUGGGUAGGGCCUGGUAAUCAAGUCUGGCCUGACCAACAGAUUAAGUUGAAAUUGAAGGGUUUGUAUAUGUAUUGUGGUGGAUUCUACACAUACUCCAUAUUUGCUUUGAUUUUUUGGGAAACAAGGCGGUCUGAUUUUGGAGUGUCAAUGGCUCAUCAUGUGGCAACUUUUAUUCUCAUUGUGCUGUCUUACAUAUUCAGAUUCGCCCGUGUUGGUUCUGUUGUUUUAGCUCUUCAUGAUGCUAGUGAUGUCUUUCUGGAGGUAGGGAAGAUGUCCAAAUACAAAGGUGCUGAAACCACUGCAAGCAUCUCUUUCAUUCUUUUUGUUUUGUCUUGGAUCAUACUUCGCCUAAUUUACUAUCCAUUCUGGAUCCUUCGGAGCACAAGCUAUGAAGUUAUCCUGACCUUGGACAAGGAAAAGCAUGCAGUGGAAGGACCAAUUUAUUAUUAUUUGUUCAAUACUCUUCUAUUCUGCUUGCUUGUUCUUCACAUUUAUUGGUGGGUGUUGAUGUAUCGGAUGCUUGUUAAACAAGUCCAAGCAAGAGGCCAACUUAGUGAUGAUGUUAGAUCUGACUCUGAAGAUGAACAUGAUCAUGAAGAUUGACCACGAUACAAGAUCUAUGGCAUCCAGAAGACUCAUGCAAAGAUAAAGAAGAGUCAAAGAAUUACAUGUCAUGAAGUGCAAUCUGUUUGAAAUGAAACACUAACGAGCAGAAAAAUUCCCUCGUAAUUGAAGGGAUUCUAUAUUAAUACAAGAUCAGACAUGGAACAAGGUUGAAAAGGGUGGCAAUUGGAGAGAAUUUUGAUUCUUGGGUCUUAAAUUUUGGCUCAUGUAAUUUCGUUAUUGUGGGUUGUGGAACAGCCGUAGAUUGAUGUUUUUUGUAAGGGAAUUUCAUAAUAUUGCCUUGCUUACAUGGUUGCAUCUAAAGUUCUUUAACCUUACUGUACUCUUUUUUAAGUGUGUAUGGGAUGUGAUUCA